CCUGGGAGGGUUUGGGGCCAGCCCAACGGCUCCACCUCCCGGCGGAGUGGAUGCAAUGGUUCAGCUCGAAGCUCCCAGCCAGAACCUGCGGCGAGUAGCGCGGGAAGGGAACCCAGAACCCAGCGGUGUGGUGCGGUAGGCAAUGUAGGGGCGCUGCCUGGAUGGACCGUAGCAUUGCUAAUGCUGACACUAAUAAGGUCGGUAUCGUGCCCAUCCACUGCCUUCAGAUUGGUGCAGGCUAACCAAUGCAACUAGUCCAUCACCAGCCCCUUUGCUUAGCUCCCCAGCCUACCACAAAGGAGCUGUUGAUGAUGGAUCCUGGAGUACUGAAGAGAAGACUUAGUAAAGAAAGUUUGGUGGGCAAGACCCGGUACAAAGGACAGCAGUCUCAUGCCUGCCUUCAACAGUUAAGUGCCAAUCCCAGAGAGAGCAGCUGCCAAGUGGAACAGCUACCCAGCUUCUUCCUAAAGGAUGUGAGAAGCCAAAUGGAUUUCAUAAUAAGAGUUCUUCCAGAAAUUCACACAGAUGUCAAAGGGGCCCCGUUCAUCCAAAAUCAGACUAUAGCUACCCUGCAGUGCCUUGGCUCUGGGAAGAGAGUGAGAGUCCACCUUGUGUAUUCAGAGGGAAGGCCAAAGGUCAAGUACACGCUGAAGAACCUGAGAGUCUGCCAUAGGAACAGCAAGGCCUCCCCAAGCUGUCUCCUCCUGCCCACUUCCCAGUUUCAGAAUGGAUCCCUUCUAACAGCUUUCUUACCGGGGAUCUAUCGGUGCAAGGUCUACCCAGCAAAGGGUAGAUCUGCUUCAUCAGAGACGGUGCCCAUCACUACCACCUCCACAGCUGCUAGAAGGAAAAGAGAGAAAACUACAAGCACUGGGGACUUUUCCAGCCCUUUGUCACAAGACACAGAUGCGUCCUUAAAGGAGAGGCAGAAAUGGAGUACUGUCACCAAAGCUCUGAUUGCUGCUACUCUGCUGCUCAGUGGAGUCUUCAUUAUAGUGUUUGUAAUCUUUGAAGUCCCAUUUCCAUGCCCAAGUCCCUGCCUCAGAGUCAGAAGACUAUGCCAAUGGCAAUGGUUAUGGAGAAGGGAAAGGAAGGAAGACCAGCAACCUAGGACAACUGAGUCCCUGUUGGAAUCUCAGCCUGAGAAGGUUGGACAAGAUGUUCCUAACUCUUCAGACUCAAAGAAAACUACAGGGAUCACUAUAAUCCACCAGACAUACUUAUGAGUUCUGCUUAGCCUCACUCUGAUGGCAAGUGCUGUAUUCUAUACCACUGUCUCCUUACUGCAAAUCACUACAGGAUAACUCUUGAAGUCCUUACACUCAUAUCUUCAUGUGGACAUUAUAAUCAAAUUAUAUGCCAGGACAGUGAAGGAAGAUCCUGGGUUGACGGAGCCACACUCAUGCCAGGGCAGCUGGCAUAGACAUAAGCCUCUGUGAUUCACUUUGUACAUCCUCAAAAAUGGGUUAUCUUUCCAUCUCAGCAAAUGAAGAUGAAGUCCCUGCCUCCGAGUGUUAUGUAUGGACCUUACUGCCUUCUCUGAUGAAAGACAAAACACUGCCUCCAAAGAGCUGGACCUCACUGUGUGGCCCACAUUCCAACUCCUCUGUUGCUCUCCCAGCUUUCUCAUGCUCACUGGCUGUCAACUAGCUUACAGGGAGCAUCUGUUCUCCCAGGCUUAUGACUUAAUGAUUUAGCCUCUGUCACUACACAUAGUUAUCAACAACCUGGCAAAGGGAACCCAGCCUUAAGCAUCCCCAAAGCCCUUCUAAUAAGUCAUUCCUGAAGGGUUUCAAGACAGAAUAUAUUCAGCAGAAAUAGCAUUGAAAUGAAAUUGGAAAAUUCAGAAUUCCUAAAGGAGAUCUGGUAUCAUGCUUUUUUUUUUCUUUUCUGAUACUGUGAUUCGGACCAAGGUCCUCACACUGCAAGUGCUGUGUCACUGAGAUAUAUACUAAUCCCUUUCUGUAACUUUUAUUUUGAGGUAGAUUCUCACCAGGUUAUCCAGAACCUGGAACUCCUUGUGUGGCCUUGAACUUUGAACUCUCUUGCUUCAACCUCCAAAAGGAGCUAGCAAUACAAGUGUGAACCACCAGGCCUGGCUAUGCCUUAUUUAAUUUUCAAUUUUUUUAAAGACAGGUUUUUAUGUAUGUAGCCCAGGCUGUCCUACAACUUGCUGUGUAGCUGUGACUCACCUUGACCUUCCUUCCUCUACCUCCUGGCUAGGCAUUAUUUUAUCAAUGAGCUGCCUAUGUUUUUUAUUAGGACUCCAGAACAAAAUGAUUGUGAUAAUGAUCCCACUCACAGGGGCACAGCUGUGAGCAGAGUCUGAUCUGCUUAAAUAAGAUUUCAGUGAGAAAGAAGAACUAGGCAUGGAAGCAUCUGACGUAGAGAAUGGUGUUGUCCUGCUUUUUCCAAGAGUGUGAAGCCAUUCCAACUGCUGAAUGUUCCACAUUCCUCAUGUACAUAUUAUUCCAGAUGUAAAUAUAUAUUACAUUAAGCCCAGGCUAGUGUUGACUUCAUACAUAUCCCAGGAUGACCUUCAGCUCAUGAUCCUCCUGUCUCCCCCUUCCCAUGCACUGGAAUCACAGGUGUGGGUCACCAGGCCUGGGAAGUAAUUCUGUCUUCUUAGUUCUCUAGAAUAAACCAUACACAAAGUCUAACCUUCUUCCUUUCACGUUAAGUACUGUUCCCACCAGGAUUCUUGAAAGUGCGCUAAGCAGGGGAUGAGCUGAGCCAGGAGGAAAGGACAGACACAAAACAAUGUGAUUCAAAGUUUCCAGGAAGAGCUGAAGAACAUCUCAAGUUCCACAGAACACACUUUCAGCACACAGCGGACAGGGGACAAAGGACUGUGUGGUGUUAGACGUGAGAGUGGAACAUCUGCACCCUACUAGUGACUCAAAGCAUCACCUCAAGUUUAUCCAUACACCUGUUACUUUGCUUGACCAUAUACUUGAGCAAAACAACAACAACAACAACAAAAAAAAAACCUGUUCUUUCCCAGGUCUAGUAGGGGAGGUUAUUAAAAAGAUUCUAUUUGAUUCUAGGAUUAAUGCCAGCAUCCACCGCUGCCUUCAUCCACAACAGAAUGUCCCAUAACCCGGAAACAGAUUUCCUAGAAGAUGAAAGCCAUGGCUGAGUCUGUGAUCAUCAGUUCUGCUCAUCUUCAAAAGUGAAAUUGGGGUAACAUCUGUACUGGCUUUCUUCACGGAAACUGACAUAGUCAGAAUUAAGGAUUUUGUCUAGAGACAGUUGUUUCCCUGGCAAAAGUACGAAUUUUCUAUUUCCCCACUCCCUAAUCAGUCCACAGCCUUGAAUGUGGACUUCAGUGGACUUCAGUCGGCAGAUUGCUCCAGAGUCAGACACAAAUGCUCAGGUCAUCGCUCUGGAUGACACUCUUAUUAUAAAACACUUCAAUGAAACUGCCAAUGAGUCUUCCGCCAAGUGCCAAGUUUCUGCUGCAAAUUCUUUCUCAUUAAAGUAUCAUAUUUGGUUUUCCUGA